UGGGGACCCACUCACAAUCAGCAAUGUUUGUAGCAGGAAGCUCUUUAAUUAUGAAAAGUGUACAAUGUUCAUGUUUCGGCUGGAAUCAACUUAUAGUUCUAAACAAAGUCGUCACUGUUCGCUUACUAUCUUUUCGUUUGAUAUCUAAAAUAAAUUCCAUAUCUAAAUAAAUCUAUAUAUUGAAUAGUUUUCUUACUUUUCCUGAUCUUAUAUCUCAGAAAUGAAUCACCACAUCUGCUUUUUUAUUGUUUAAGACUGAAGUAGCCUUUGUUUUCUAACUUCAGUUUGUUUUCAAAUCACAGACUUCAUUGUCAUACUGCUAUAGCUACAUAUCGGACAUAAAUUUAUAGUAAACUUUAUAUAUAAUAUUUAUAUUUAUUUAUUUUUUCACCUGAACUAAAUCAAAGUGCAAAGUUAAUAACAAUGGGUUCAGUUUGCAGUAAACCAAAAGCAAGCAAACAGUCAAUCCUCGCUUAUAAGAACUUCGUGCAAUACUAUGUAAAACUGCACAGUGAAAUGCUGCCGAAUGAUGCCUUUUUCUGUGCAACGCGUCUCUGGAAUACAUGUUCGCCGGCUCAACGGAUGCGGUAUACCCAAAUGGGCUCUCCUAGAUCCGGUAUGCUUAAGGAUGUACUCAAAUUGGCCUCUAAAAAGGCUAAAAAGAGUCAGAUGAAAAGUGUGGUUACAAAAAAGAAGGCCUAGAAGGAAACUAAGGUAAAAAGGUCUCCAACAAGGCCACUUUGCAAUGAGCCAGAAACUAGCUAAUAGGAACUAAUUAGUAUACCCUAUACCCUAUAAUUAUGCUAAUAAGUUACGUAAGAUAUAAUUUGGGGAAAAACGACGUUGCAUGUAAAAUUUUACAAAAAAAAAACAAACCUUAAUGUAUCGAAGUCCUUGGCUGAUCUACAGAAUAUGCUCUCUCCGGAUCAGGAUCCCAUCAAAGCCCCCACUCAAUCAAUGCAUCACGCAUGGCCGCCUGUCACGAGAGAUUCCAAUUCAGAAUCAAGCUUAGCCAAGCGGUUACACAAUCGCCGCCAGUUCCGCGCCCCAAACACAUGUAUUCCAUCACGCAACCAUCGGUGGCACGGAAGUUCAGAGCAACAGGACCAGAAGUAUAAGCCAAAAUAGAAACAGAAACAGAGCCGCAAUCAUUCACAUUUAAAUUAACAUUUCCCGCCGACGAUUAUCCUAAUUGGGAGCUGGCCUUAGCCUAGUCGCUUGUCCUGGUGGCAGAUGUGGAGCAUUCAACGUUCAACAUUCGCCAUUCACCAUUUACUAUUUACAUUUACUUGGGUGACGGCACGCGAAUCUCCUGAAAAAUGGAUUUAAUGCGACGCGAAACAAGCGCGGCCUCAUAAAAAUGAAAUGCGGAUAAAUCAAAUUAGCAUUUUGUACAAAUAGCAAAGCAUUAGCUCGCGUAUGGCGGCAAUUUGUAAUGCCACAAGACCGGAAGGAGGCUUGAAGACUCCUGAAGAAAAGAGAACGAGCUUGAGAAGAGGACAUGCAAGCGUUUCGUUUCGUUUUGGCCAUGCCAAAAAGUGAUUGCAUAAUUACCCAGGAGGUUUUCUUUUCGGGCCUUUCUAGCCAUUCCAGGACCAGCACAUACCAUCCCGAAAUGGGAAUUAAAACUAAUGACAAGUGCCACAGCAAGACUUUCAGGAUUCAAUUACGGCUCCUUCCAAGUCAGGAUAAGCACUCAAGGGCUCAAGUAUCAGGUCAGCGUUAGGUUUAUGUGGCCCAUAUUCUCUCGGCUAUCCGGCGGAAUGUUCGUGUUUUACUAUGGCGACUUUAUUGCAACACAAUGGUAUUUUAAGUGCCAACAAUAAAAAUGAUUUAUUACCCCCAAAA